AGCCUUGCGCCAGAGUGGUCCAAGGCCGCUUCUGCGCUUAAGGGCAUUGUGCGUGUUGGCGCAGUCAACAUGGACGAGCAUCAGUCUGUUGGCAGCCCUUACGGCAUCACUGGAUUCCCCACUAUCAAGCUGUUCGGCGCUGACAAGGCCUCGCCUGUCGACUACAAGAACGCUCGCACCGCGAGUGCCAUCACCGAUUUUGCUCUCCAGCAAGCCAAGGCAACUGUGACUGCCCGCCUAGGCGGCAAGUCGUCCUCGUCGUCGUCCUCGUCGUCCUCUGGCUCCGGCAGCGCUGGUGGCAAGCAGGCCGUCGUCGAGCUGACCGAUGCCAACUUUGCCGAACUUGUCCUCAACAGCCAGGAUGUCUGGCUCGUCGAGUUCUUUGCUCCAUGGUGCGGUCACUGCAAGAACCUUGCGCCCAUCUGGGAAGCUGCCGCCAAGAAGCUCGACGGCAAGGUCAAGGUCGGUGCGUUGGAUGCCACGGUGCACUCCUCCACUGCUGGACGCUACAACAUCAAGGGCUACCCCACGAUCAAGGUCUUUGGCGCCGACAAAGCCAACCCUUCCGACUACCAAGGCGGUCGUUCCGAGAACGACAUUGUUCAAGCUGCCCUCGAGCGCCUCGAGGAGAUGGCACCGCCACCGGAAGUCCACCAGCUUGUCUCCCAGGCUGUUUGGGACAAGGAGUGCGCCAGCAAGCAGCUUUGCGUUGUCGCCUUCCUCCCCGAUAUUCUCGACUCUGGCGCUACUGGCCGCAACAACUACAUUGCCACCAUUCAAGCGAGCGCUGACAAGCACAAGUCUCGCAGCUGGGGCUACGUCUGGGCGGAAUCGAACGCACAGAGUGCACUCGAGCAGGCCGUCAACGUCGGUGGCUCUGGCUACCCCGCCCUUGUUGCCAUUUCGCCCAAGAAGAACCGCUACGCGCAACUCAUUGGCGCGCUCAAUGAGAAGAACCUGUCCAGCUUCCUCACUCGCCUGCAAAACAGCAAGGAGAGCACCGCCGCAUUGACUCUCCCUGCAAUUGCAACUGGUGCCCGUUGGGAUGGCAAGGACGGUGUUCCGCCCUCUGAAGAGCUCUAA